ACCCUAUCUUAAAACCCUACAAAACCCCUAAUUGGUAAAACCCUAAUCUCUCUCUCUCUCUCUCUCCUUCACACUGAAAAACACACACUGUGUGUGAAAAUGCCGCUAGGCGAAAGAGCCGGCGACAAAAGCGACUCCAGAUACUGCGGCGUCGAGACUGAAUUCAACGAUGACAUUCCUCAGCUCCUCUCACUCAACAUUAACGGCGGUUUCGAUUUCGUCGUCGCCACUCUGAUGGAUCCUGCUUACAGGCCUAGCUUAAAGAGUGACGAGGGUAAUAAGUCUUGUGGCGUUCUUCCUUUUGCGGGAUCUGACUUAGUUUUAAGUCCUUCUCAGUGGAGCAGUCAUGUCGUUGGCAGGAUUAGCUUGUGGAUAGACUUGGACUCCGAAGAUGAGUUACUGAGAAGAGACUCUGAAACAUGUUUAAAGCAAGAAAUAGCUUGGGCUGCACAUCUCUCGUUACAGGCAUGCCUUCUUCCGUCCCCCAAGGGAACAUCAUGUGGUAAUUAUGCUAGAGUUGUGAAUCAAAUUCUACAGAGUGUAAAUAAUAUGCAGUUGUGGCUCAGGAUUCCACUGCAGAAGUCAGAUGAGGAUACAGUAAAUGAGACUGGUGAUCUUGGGAGGGAACAGAUGGACUCUUGGGAAUUGUGGAAUUCGUUCCGCAAUCUAUGUGAACAUCAUAGUCAGUUAUCAAUUGCACUUGAUAUUUUGCCUUCACUACCUUCAGCAAAUUCAAUCGGGCGUUGGUUUGGAGAGCCCGUUAGAGCAGCCAUCAUCCAUACAAAUUCUUUCCUGACCAAUGCAAAGGGUUAUCCAUGUCUUUCUAAGCGUCACCAGAAGCUAAUGAGUGGUUUCUUUAAUCACUCAAUUCAGAUAGUGAUUUCUGGAAACCAAGAUAUAAAUAAUUCUUUGAGAAGUACGGAGGCGGGUCCUAAUAAUAAUAACAAUCGGAUUGAGAGUGUUCAGAGGCACCCCCUUAGACCCUACUUGGACUAUGUUGGUUAUUUGUAUCAGAGAAUGGAUGUUCUUUCUGAGCAAGAGCGAUUUGAGCUUGGAUACAGAGAUUUUCUACAGUCUCCCCUGCAACCUCUUAUGGACAACCUUGAGGCCCAAACUUAUGAAACAUUUGAGAAGGACACAAUGAAGUACAUCCAGUACCAAAGAGCAAUUUGUAAAGCCCUGCAGGACAGAGUACCUGAUGAAGCUUCAUCUACAGUGACAACUAUAUUGAUGGUUGUAGGGGCUGGAAGAGGACCUCUUGUCAGAGCAUCGCUACAGGCGGCUGAAGAAACUGGGCGUAAAUUAAAAGUUUAUGCUGUAGAGAAAAAUCCAAAUGCCGUUGUUACACUCCAUAGCUUGGUGAAAUUAGAAGGUUGGGAGAAGAUUGUUACAAUUGUUUCCAGUGACAUGCGUUGCUGGGAGGCUCCCGAGAAAGCAGACAUCUUGGUCAGUGAAUUACUAGGAUCUUUUGGUGACAAUGAGCUGUCACCUGAAUGUCUGGAUGGUGCUCAAAGAUUUCUGAAGGAAGACGGGAUAUCGAUUCCAUCAUCGUAUACAAGUUAUAUUCAACCGGUUACUGCAUCAAAGUUAUAUGCUGACAUUAAGUCACAUAAAGAUCUUGUGCACUUUGAAACUAUAUAUGUUGUUAAGAUACAUCGUGUAGCAAGGCUUGCUCCCUCCCAACCGGUCUUUACAUUUGUACAUCCGGAGUACUCGAUCAACAAUAGCAAUCAGCGGUACAAGAAGCUUCAGUUUGAAUUACCCAAUGACACUGGGUCGGCUUUAGUUCAUGGAUUUGCUGGUUAUUUUGAUGCAACACUCUACAAAGAUGUCCAUCUUGGAAUGGAACCAUUGACAGCGACUCCUAACAUGUUCAGCUGGUUUCCCGCAUUUAUCCCAUUGAGGACUCCUGUAUGCAUACGACCUGGGCUUCCAUUAGAAUUUCAUAUUUGGCGGUGCUGUGGUCCUACAAAGGUUUGGUACGAGUGGUGUGUGGCCUCUCCUACAGCAUCUCCUGUACACAACACCAAUGGCCGCUCAUACUGGGUUGGUCUCUAAGACUCCAACAUAUGUUGAUGAAUAGGAAAAGUAUCAUCAGUUCUUAUAUUCAUAUCCAGUAGAGCGCUUCAUUUUCAGCAUCUUCUGAAGGGAAAACUUGGCUAAAAAUCUGGAAACCGAGAAAAUUAUACCAUGAAUUUCAGUCUGCUUCACAACCAUUUGUUGAAGAUUAGGAUUGUUGUACUGUGCCGAUCCAAAUAUGCAAUGAUAGCUUCAAAUUGUAUCAUAUUCUUGUUUGUUUCCUUUAGUGGAAUCAACUACAAGUAAAGGAAUCUCAUAUCAGCGAGUUACAAGUAUUGUCAGUUUCUAUUGAA